GGGCGCUGGGGUCUGCUGGUGUGUGUGGCUCGCAGCUGUGCCCCCCUGACGGCCUGAGUUGGGACGGGGAGGGCUGGGGGAGGGGGCAGUUUAUUCCGAUCCCAAGGGGAGCAAAACAAGACAUUCAAGGGCAUCUGGGGGCAUCAGUGGCGUAGUCCUGCAGUGUGCAGGGAAUGGCCACUGGUCAGACCCUAGCAUGCAACAAAUUAGCUGCGACGGCAACGCGUGAGCGCGUGGCCCGGCCGGACAAAAGAUCGCAUUGGUGACGCAAGGGACCAGCUGACACGCAAGUCCAAGCAGGAGGCUGCCUGCUGGUGUCCGCCGAUGCCCGCCUUGCCGCUACUCUUCUUAGUUCAGUAGUGUCCAAUGCCCACAUGGCAGUCAAGCGCGCGAAAGUUCUACCCUGACAUUCCUGUUCAGCUUUGUGCCACUUCACUUGCGUUGACUAAUAGUGUAGCGUGACAAAAAUGCAGUGCCUUUCUUCACGCCCUGUCGCCAUGGGUCGCGCCGGCAGCAGCGCGCUCCCUCGCCUCCCACUUCGCGCCGGACGUGUGUGCCACCUCGGUGUUCGGUGCCAGGCAGCCAACAAGGACCCUAAUGCGCCCAUUCAGUCGAACCCGCUGGGCUCCUUCAGCAGCCAGCUGCAGAACCAGCCUACCCUGCCCCGUUCCGAGGAGGCGCGCAAGUACUUCCGCACGGUCUACGACUUCCCUCAGUGGCAGACGCACCGCAACCAGUACCGCCUUAUGAAGCGCUUGUUCUCCAUUCCCCAAUCCCACGUGAUCCAAAACGCGCUGCCGUCCAUCAUGUGGGUGGCCUUCACCUCCACCUGCGUCGCCGCCUACAUGUACGGCUAUGAUCAGCACAUGCUGCCCGAGGGCUUCCCCACCCUCGCGCCCAACGCCGCGUGCUCCGCCUUCAUCUCCAACACUAGCGUGGCGCUGUCGCUGCUGCUGGUGUUCCGCACCAACUCGUCCUACGGACGGUGGGAUGAGGCACGCAAGAUGUGGGGUGGCCUGCUGAACCGCAGCCGUGACAUCAUGCGCCAGGGCGCGACCUGCUUCCCGGAUGACCAGGUGGAGGCCAAGAAGGCCCUGGCCCGCUGGGUGGUUGCUUUCUCUCGUGCUCUGCGCAUCCACUUCCAGCCGGAGGUCACGAUUGAGAGCGAGCUGAAGAACAUCCUGACCCCAGCGGAGCUGCAGAUGCUUGCGAAGAGCCAGCACCGCCCCGUCCGCGCCAUCCACGCCAUCAGCCAGAUCAUCCAGUCGGUGCCCAUGAGCUCCAUCCACCAGCAGCAGAUGAGCAACAACCUGACCUUCUUCCACGAUGUGCUGGGAGGCUGCGAGCGCCUGCUGCGUGCCCCCAUCCCCGUGUCCUACACCCGCCACACCGCGCGCUUCCUGUUCGCGUGGCUGACUCUGCUGCCGUUCGCCCUGUACGGGUCGUGCGGCGUGUCCGUGAUCCCGGUCUGCUCCGGUAUUGCCGCCGUGCUGUGCGGUAUUGAGGAGAUUGGUGUGCAGUGCGAGGAGCCUUUCGGCAUCCUUCCCCUGGACGUGAUUUGCAACCGCAUCCAGGCCGACGUCAUGGCCACGCUGAAGGACGACGCGGACACCAAGACCAUCCUGGCGGAGGCCGGACUCAUCAGCCUGCGCGCGAACUCUGCUAUGGCCGUUGAGAACGCCCUGCCCGAUCUGGACAGCAUUAACGCCGCCGCCCCCAACGGCAACGGCAGCCACAACGGCAACGGUGCGGCCGUGCCUGUGAGCGUGUCUGCUGGCGCGUCCGGUAACGGUAUGAACGUUCGUAUCUCCCCCCGGUAAGCGCACCAGCUCAAGCGGAGCGGAAGAUGCAAGCGCGAGUGCCGGUUCAAGCGUGUGGCGUGCGUAUUUUGUCGGGUGUGAGUGGGACACGUAUGGUCUUGUUUGGGCCGGUUAGUGGCCUCUGAACGCGUCACAGUUUUGUGCUGAGUGAUCGACACUGCACAGGUUGCAGCAGGCGCAGAUAAUGGGCAUGGCCCGACCAGCAGCACAGCUGGCUAUGAGCGCUUGUCGUAUACAUCGUAAUUUUGACGUUGUGUUUGUUCUUAUGGUUGUUGGUGCCGCGAUGCAAGUGAGCAUGGCCGUGCAUUGCAGCGCAGAGUGUGGGCGCCAUGGUGCCUGCGGCAUGUGUACUACCAUUUCCAUUUUGGGAGAGAAGACAGUCGACGAAACACAUUGGAGACAUGGAGGGACAACUGACUGACCGCUGCAUGUACGAUGCUGGUUGUGACGCGAAUAGUGGGGAGAGAGAGCAAGGAAAGGCGGGCCAACCAUUGAUAAGGACCACCGCUCAUAGCGGGAACUGACACCGUCGCCUUCGUACGGAACUUACGUAACAGCGCUUUUUGAUCGAGGCCCUUUGUUGUGGGGCUGAGGACAUGGUGAUAAGCCAGAAGUUGCGUGCGUGGAUGACGACUUCACGGGGAAACCCAGGGGCUGAAGGAUGAGCAAGGCAAGCUGGCGAGACCGCCGGAAUGGUGUUGAAGAGUCGGACCUGCCUGCGGCGUGCCGGGGAAGGCCGUAGACUGUCAAGGCCCCCACCGUCGCAUUGUGCGGUGGGGCCGUGAUAUGCCGAGUGACGAGGGGCGCGGACGCUGUUGGGCCGCAGCCCUUUGGGGCUUCACGAGUUUGCCUUUGCCACGUGACUGAGAUGCAAGGAUUAUGGUGACCGCCCUUUGCAGACGUUGCCCACGGUAAUCGCCCAACGCUCUGACUAAAUAACAGCUUUUAAAUACGUAUUUCCACAGGCGGCUACGGCUAAGGGGUUCAGCAAACCUUCUGGUCGCAGACCGCCCCUUGUGGCCACGGCGCCAUGCUCAGGUUUGCGACGUAGAGUGCAUUCCGCAGUCCCUGUUCUGCUUGCUGUAUUUAUUGUGCUCAGUCCUCAUCGGUCAACAAUGAACGGGAUUAUGAGAUGGAGUAUCGGCUGGCGAGUACCGCUCUUUACGCAUCUUCGGUGCCGCUACCGCAUUCGCUGAAAGGAACACCGGCCCGCGGCGUCAGGCAGCAGGGCUCAAGGGUGUGCUUACGGCAACGAGUGUGGAGAACGGGAGAAGUGCGGAGACAAGGAGAUAGGGCUCCUCCCCGUGGCAGCGUGGCUCCUCCCGCAGUCAGGUUAUUGGCAGUCAGGUGCAGUCCGGUCGCCACAGCGGCAGCCUGCUACAUCUGGCUGCAUACAGAAUGGCUGAUGGCUCGGCGUCUUCGGGUGCUGGGACUGUCCCCUCUGUAACAUCCGCAUUCA